UACGUCGCGGUGAUGGAUGUACAACCUCACGAGGCACCAUCCGGUUCCGGUUCGACCGCGGGCAUUGCUUCGAGGAAGCGAGGAAACACAUCCAGCGAGAGCGAUGACACCGAGCUGUACUCCGCAUCAGGCGACGAGUCCUCGGAAGACGGCUUUCAACCCGUCCUGUACCGCAAGGCCAAACGAAGGAUCAUCAACGCAUCUUCGGCCUCAAGUACGGCCACCGUGAAAACAGCGCCUCAGAGAUGGCCUCAUUCCAUCCUGUUUGUGCCGCAGAACGCUACCGACAGUCUACGUGUCCUGAACAGGCAAGCGCUCUCCUUGUAUCUUGAGAACACCGUGCCGAACGAGAUCAAAGAUGUACGACUAAACACAAGGAGAAACAUCCUGGCAGUCGAUGUGAUGAACCCGAGUGCGCUGAGCACGCUGCAACAAGUAACGAAACUGGGAAACAUCACAGUCAAGUCCAUCAUACCAGCCGAUGGUGCUACCACAGCAGGAGUCAUUUACGACAUUGAUACUGAAAUCCCUAACGUAGACCUUCCGGUGCUUAUAAAACCAGCGAGUCAAGACAACGUCAUUGUGAACGUCGGCCGCCUUGGCAAUACACGGUGUGUGAGGGUAACGUUCAAAGGUGACUGUCUUCCCUCCUACGUGAAGGUUGGCCACUUUCGUCACCAGGUUCGACCAUUUAUUCCUAAACCUAUGCAAUGCUUCAACUGCCAAAAGAUCGGCCACGUGAAGGGUGUCUGCAGGAACUCGGCAGUGUGCCCUCGUGGUGUCAGCAGCAUUCCUGUUGCACUGGUGCCCACAAAUGGAGGUUUCAUCAGGCUCACUAACCCCCAGGCUGUCCAGAAGGAGCUUAAAGCCACGUCAAACCAUUUUCAGACCAUCACCGACGUGCGCCAAUUCGGGCGAGGAGGCAUAGUGUGUAGGUCACCAGACCAGACCUGUGUGCAGGAUCUGCUUAAGUGCACCUCGUUUGCUUCAACCCCGACCGAAGGUGAACGGAGGCAUGCAGCCACUAGCAAGGCGCCGGCUGGCGGAAGGUCUCUCCCGUCAUGGACGCCGCUGAGGAGGCUCGCCGAGAACGACAGCUCUCGCUCGCCCAAGAACGGCAGUGCUGACGAAGAGCGGAUCCCGCCGUGA